AUGGAACUUAAAGUUUGGGUUGAAGGAAUUCAACGCAUAAUAUGUGGAGUUAGUGAAAACACAACAUGUCAAGAUAUUGUCAUUGCGCUGGCGCAUGCCACUGGUAUGACCGGACGUUUCUCGCUAGUGGAGAAGUGUCGCAAUACAGAGCGCCCGCUGCCCCCAUCAGAGAACCUUCUACGAGUUCUUUCCAAGUGGGGUCACUAUGCAAGUGAGGUACAGUUUAUACUUCGAAGGUCUGGGGACUCGCCGGCAAGCAGCAGACCGUCUUCCGGGAGGCGGAAAUCGCAAGAUAAGACUUCGUCAGAGUUAACUGAAUUGCUAUCUCUCCCUAAAAAGAAAACUUUCCCCUUGAAAAAGUCUUUGACGUUCAGCGGUGGUGUGAAUAGUUAUGUUUUUAAAAGAAAGGAUUUCCAGGAAAAUGUCAUUGACAAUCCUCAGACUGCGUGCGAGGAUUUAAUCAAAUUGGUCAAUUUACAAAAGGAGAAGCUGCAGUGCCAGGAAGAGGAUUUACACAAAAUGGAACUGGAUAUCAAAUCCUUGGAAAGUUAUGAGAAUGCUGAUUCCCAGCUCCAAGAUGUCGAAAAUGAGAGGGAGGAAUUAGAAAGGAGUUCCCAGAAAACAGAAAACGAGCUGGGAGAGAUGGAUUUCUGGGAAGAUGAACUCAAUCUGGAGCAAAGCAAUAAUGAAUCUCUGGCAAAAGACUUGAAAAGUCUCAAAGAAAGAAUUGAAGAGAUAGAUAACAAACUUGUGCAAUAUAAUAAUCAAAUCCAGAGGCUGACGGCCGAUGUGACGAACAUUGAGAAACAACACAAGAAGGAAAAAGAGAUGAAAAGCCAAGCAAUGGAGGAAAAGGGGAAACAACUUCAAGCAGAGUUUGAUCUGCUGAAGAAAGAAUUUGACUUACAAGAGAACAUUGGCGAUUUGAAUGAAAAGAGCAUAUCAGAAUUGAAAGGGCAGAUUGAGAAAUUUGAGAAGGAAAUUGAGGAUAAGAAAAAGCAAGAGGAUGAGAUAGAUAAUCAAUUGAAAGAGAUCAACUUGCAAGACUUUGAAGUGACUUCAGCGUCUGUAUCACCGCCAUUAACUGUUAAGCAUGCACGAUGCAGUACACCAUUAAAUGAUUUAAUGAAUACACAUGAUGCAUUUACAAUACCGAGAGCAGGAAGUGGAAGAUAUUUCCAUGGCAACCCUAGAUUACUUCAAAAUGCUGAACCUAGUAGCGAAAACCCUGAGGGUAUCUGGGUGUGAAAUGUCACCACCUUUCACCCCCUCCUAGUCAAAUGAAGUGACCCAUCCAUUACACUAUGCUAUUGUGUAUUGUAGUAUGGGUGUAACUUUGUGAAAUUACACUGCCAUAGUAAGAUUAAAACUGCCAAGUUACAUCACAGUUUUUGUAUGCAAUGUAUAUAAUCAUGCCCCAAAGUUAAUCAUUGUGAAUAAUACACAGUUUUAUGAUGAAGUGUUUAAUAUUUUCUCUAUGCAAUGUGAGACAACUGGAAGUAAUUUCCUAGAAUCAAAAAAAAAAUGGUGUUUCCUCAUUUUGUGCUGUUAUUCUGAAGUCGCCAUCCCAAGAAUUGGACGCGUUCAUGACCUUUAUAUUUAAACAUUUUUAUUAAUAAUAAUAAUUCCAAUUAUUAAACAUGCAGAGUGUGAAAUAGUUACUGAUCAACUUUUCAAUUCUCCUUGGUGCUCACAUGUACAGCUAAAUUAGACUGCCUAUAUUACAUUGUGUAAACUUUCUUGCAAGUAUUCGAUAGAUGGGUUUUGAAUAAAACUAGAAUGCUGUCCAGUGGGGCUUGUACCGGUCACUACCAACUUGUCAUCACCUAUGCAGCAAACAAUUGCCAUAUUUUAUAAGUAGCAGAUUAGCAUUUAUGUUUGUUCUGAAAUUAAUUGAAAUUCUGAAUAAAAUCAGUUGAGAGGUGUGUAAUCGAAUAAUACAGCUCUUUCACAGAAACAGACACUACCUCCCUUUGGUGUACGGCAUGUCCCCCACACUAAUUUAAAGGUGCACAAGCUGCAACACAAUUAUUAACUUCCAUUCAUCUACCUGGUAAAAUACACUUAGUGUUUAAUGUGUGAGCUAGCAACUGACACUUACUUGCAUAUCUUAAAAAGUUUCAGGAUCAGUCAGUAAUUUGAAAUGAGUGAGAAAUUGUCAUUGCAGAUACAAAUACUAGUAUGUGAUGGCAGACAUUAUACUAGAUCAGUUAUUGCAGCUGUACACCUAUCACGACAUUUUGCAGAAAUAAUGUUUCACAUUUUGUGUGAGAAUUAAUAUUAUUUUACAACCGACAUUCAUUUACAUAUAGCCAUGUACGUGUAUUGUGUAAAAUUCUAUUGUCAUUUGUACCUUGGUUUUUCCUGAAAAUACUACAUGUACCUUUACCACCUAUUAACUUUCA